AUUAGACGGUGCUUAGCGCUGUGCUGGGGAAACAUGUCUGUGUCACUUCACCUUGUAUCAGAGCCGCAUCUCCGGCUCACAUUACUGACUACCCUCAGCCUCCUUGCAGUCAGGAUAAGCCUUGCACAAGCACAGCAGGGUGCUGGAUGUGGGCAUACAGUCAUUGGCCCUGAAAGUGGUACUCUGACUUCCAAGAAUUACCCUGGCACUUACCCGAAUCACACCUUCUGUAAAUGGGAGCUGCGAGUUACAUCAGGGAAGGGUAUCAUUCUGAGGCUUAGUGACUUGAACAUUGAGUACACGGAGGACUGUUCAUCCAGUUCUUUGAAAAUCUAUAGUUCAUCAUCUGCUAAUAUUAGCCAUGGUCCUUAUUGUGGCAACAUGAAUGAGAUCCCUUCACAAAUACAGUUAGCAUCCAGUGUGGUGACUGUGGAGUUCAGGAGCAUCACUCAUAUAUCAGGAAGAGGAUUUAUGCUCUCCUAUGCCACUACUGAUCAUCCAGACUUGAUUUCCUGUCUGGAUAAAGGGAUUCAUUAUUCUCAGCAACAUUUUACUAAAUAUUGUCCAGCAGGUUGUAAAGAUGUCAUUGGUGAAGUUUGGGGAAACCUUCAACAGGGUUAUCGUGAUACAUCUGUCUUGUGUAAAGCAGCUCUCCAUGCUGGUGCAAUAGCAGAUGAGCUAGGGGGUCAAUUCUCAGCAAUUCUGAACAAAGGCAUCACUCUGUAUGAAGCAGCUUCUGCAAAUGGAAUUUUAACUAGAACAGGUUCUUUGUCUGAAAAACGGAUCAAAAUCAGGAAAGAUUGUGAUACUGUCUUGAAGACCAGACACUUUAAUGCCUCAUCCUCUUGGAAAGAGAAGAACAACAUUGGAGAGUGGCAUGUCUGGUCCCCUGACAAAGCAAAUAUCAGCAACGAUGGGUAUCCAUGGGCAUGGGCAGCAGACUCACUCACUGAGGACCAAUGGCUGCAAAUAGACUUGGGAGAACGGAAGAAUGUCACAGGGAUUGUGACCAAAGGCAGCAUGACAAACGGGUAUAACUUCUAUGUGAAAACAUAUAAGGUUUCCUACAGCAGAGAUGGGAAAACGUGGAGAACCUAUAAGACUAGAAACAGCAAGGAAGGCAAGAUUUUUGAAGGCAACAUGAAUGACCCCCAAUCGGUUCGCAACAAUUUUAUCCCAUCUUUCGUGGGGCGGUAUGUUCGCAUUACACCACAGACAUGGUACCAAAGGAUAGCUAUGAAGGUGGAGCUGCUUGGUUGCAAGGCCUCGCAAAGAAUCCGAAUUGGUAUACCCCGUAGUUCAAAACCUUUACCCAAGCCAACGGAGCAGCCCACAGAAAGCAGCACUCCAGUAAACCCAGUGAUGGUGGAGAAACACUCACCAGGUUUUAAUUUGAUGCUGAUACUUAUUGUAGUUGGUUCUGUAGUAAUCAUUUCUACAGCUGUCCUGUUGCUAUGUCUAUACUGCGUGAAAAGGAAGACGGGAUCAAGAUUGGACUGCUCUUUCUUAACAGUGUGUGACAAAUCAGUCAAAAAGCAGAACUGUCAAAGGGAUCUACACCUGCCCACUGAAUCAGAGAUUAUUACUUACAUCAGUGAGAACGAGUCUGGUGGGUAUAUCACAGGAAACAACUUGUCAGAGUAUGCAGAGCCUGAUAUUAUUCAAGUGGGGAUAACAGCCCAAAAAGCCUCAUCUACUUUCAAGCCCCCAGUAGACGAUGGCUACACUAUACCACUUGUUGUAAGUCACUAUGAUGUUCCUUUUUCGGGGAAGAGCCAUGAAUAUGCGGAACCAUUAUCUAACCAGGAGCCGGAGUAUGCUACUCCAUUUGUUGAGCAAAGUUCAGACUCAGAACCUUCCACAAAGAAAAAUGUCUACAUAGUAAAAGUCAUUCCACCCAAUCAAGAAGCACUAUAGAAGCCUCAGUCAAGCCAGCUGUGCUGCUUCCGUACAUUUGUCUCAACCAAACAAGAUACAGAUUUGUGUCACGUACUGACCCUUUCCAAAGGUUGCUAAGCAAAAGAGACAAGUCAAAAGCGGCGAGCAAAAAGGUACAACAUCAAGUAAAUUGCACCAAAGAAAGCUCCUAUCUGCCCUAGUGACUCUGUUAUGUCAGUGAACUAUCAAACACAUGGAUCAUGAACAGUAAGUACUUGUGUAUGCUUUAAAACUGCCUGUCACUCCUGAAUUCAAAAGAAAGUUGGCAAUACAAUAUUAUCGAUGCCAACUAGUUCAAACGACAGGAGUGAGGAAACAAACAGCCAAGUCACAGAAAGUAGCUCCAGGGCAAGGGGUCUACACUGAUACCACUAAGUGAAAACCUUGAACUCUGAAUAGCGUACAUGAUGUUGUUUCCAACAGGGAAUGUUUUGAUAAUCAUGUUAUUUAAUGUAUUUUUUAAGGACUGAAUAGGUAAAAGCACUUCAUAAAAUAGGAAUGGAUGGGAGCAUGCAUUAAUUGCUCAUUUUUGUUACAGAAUAUUUUUUACAACAGAGAAAACUGAUAUUAUUUAACCAACAAUUAAUCAGAUUUGUAUGAAUAAAAUGUGAUGUCUA